CCGACUCCCAACCGCAUCCCGCUCACGACUCAAAAUGUCUAUGAAUAUAUUCGGUGCAGAGGCGACAGAGGAAAAAGCAGAGAAUGCCCGUCUAUCGUCCUUCGUCGGCGCGCUCGCGCUUGGCGACCUCGUCAAGUCCACCCUCGGGCCCAAAGGCAUGAACAAGAUCCUCCAAUCCGCGUCUACGGGCGAGGUCAACGUCACCAAUGACGGUGCAACCAUCCUCAAAGCGAUCCAGCUCGACAAUGCCGCCGCCAAGAUCCUCGUCAACAUCUCCAAAGUUCAGGACGACGAGGUCGGGGACGGCACGACAACCGUCUGCGUGCUCGCCGCUGAGCUGCUAAGAGAAGCGGAAAAGCUCAUCGCGAUGAAGAUUCAUCCGCAGACGAUUGUCGAGGGUUACCGCAUUGCAAGUGAUGCAGCGCUCAAGGCGUUGGAGAAGGCUGCUGUAGACCACAGUGCGGAUCUAACACAAUUCAGAGAAGACCUGUUCAACAUUGCACGGACUACACUGUCAUCAAAAGUCCUCUCUCAGGACAAGGACUACUUUGCCAAUCUUGCAGUCGAUGCCGUACUCAGAUUAAAGGGUUCCACGGACCUUGACCACAUUCAGGUCAUCAAGAAGGUCGGCGAAAAGCUCACAGACUCCUACCUCGACGAGGGCUUCAUCCUGGACAAGACGAUCGGCAUCAAUUGUCCAAAACGUCUUGAGAACGCGAAGAUUCUCAUCGCGAACACCUCGAUGGACACUGAUAAAAUUAAGAUCUUCGGCGCGCGUGUCAAGGUGGACAGCACAGGGAAGCUCGCGGAACUCGAGCGUGCAGAACGGGAAAAGAUGAAGGCGAAGGUCGAGGCGAUUGCUGCGCACGGCAUCAACUGCUUUGUGAACCGGCAGCUCAUCUACAACUACCCCGAGUCGCUGCUCGCAGACAAGGGCAUCGUCACGAUCGAGCAUGCCGACUUUGAGGGCGUCGAGCGAUUAUCGCUCGUCACUGGCGGAGAGAUCGCGAGCACGUUCGAUGCGCCGGAGAAAGUGAAGCUUGGGCAUUGUGAACUGAUUGAGGAGAUCAUGAUCGGCGAGGACAAGCUCAUCAAAUUCUCCGGCGUUGCAGCGGGCGAGGCAUGUACGGUCGUGCUGCGCGGCUCGACUUCGCAAAUGGUCGACGAGGCGGAGCGCUCGCUGCACGACGCGCUGUCCGUGCUCUCGCAGACGGUGAAGGAGACACGGGUCGUGCUCGGCGGUGGGUGUUCGGAGAUGCUAAUGAGUUGUGCAGUCGACGAGGAGGCGCGGAGGAUCACGGGGAAGAAGGCGAUCGCGGUGGAGGCAUUCAGCAGGGCGUUGCGGCAGAUACCGACCAUCCUCGCGGACAAUGCAGGAUUCGACUCGUCGGACCUUGUGUCGAAGCUGCGGGCGGCGCAUUAUGACGGACAGACGGAUGCCGGGCUCGACAUGAACGAAGGCAAGAUCGCGUCGAUGAAUACGCUUGGCGUGACGGAGAGCUAUAAGCUGAAGCGGCAGGUGGUGCUGAGCGCGAGCGAGGCUGCAGAGAUGAUUCUCCGCGUCGACGACAUUUUGCGUGCAACGCCACGGAAGCGGGAGGCGGCAUAGAUGUGGAGAAACGGCUUGCGAUGGACGCAGUGUUUUGGGUGUAUGAGAUGGAACGAAACUGUAGACUAUCCUUGCCCGUCGUGCUUGAUGGGCCACUUAGUUGCUAUAAACUCUGCUCGACUUCCAAGUCCGCGACGAUGCCGGUGUGUAUGGAAUUUUCU